UUGAGGUGUUGACAUUAGACCGCUGAGCUUGGCGAAGUAGGUGACACGGGUUUCAUUGUUUCCUAAUAUCAACUCGAACUUGGUUUGUUUAAGGUUAUUCGGUAAAAAACCACCAUCUCGUGGAUACGCCAAAAGCGAUUUUCUACAUAUAUUGCGAUUUUUUCCUUUAUAGGGUUUACGUAUACAUUUUAAGGGAGCUAUUUCGUUAGCUCUCUUGGCAAAAUGGCGGCGAACACAGCGCAGCAAGCACCGACACCGAGCUGGCCAUAUGGAGCGAAUGCAAGUGGGGAUAACCCAGCCCAUGAGAACCCAGAAUGGGAGAAGGCCCGACAGGCUCUGGCCUCUAUCACUAAAAGUCAGAAUGCGGCAAAGACUGCACAAACUAAUCAGCCCAACCAACAGGCCGGGCAGUAUCCGACAACAGUUACAGACUCUUCUGCAAUGCAGCAGCAGUACUAUCAACAGUGGUAUCAGAGCCAGCAACAGUAUGCUGGUUAUCCAUAUCCCUAUAACUACUACUAUCCUAUGCCACCGUAUGGAGGAGCAUAUCCUCCCGGACAGUAUGGCGUUCCAGGGACUUACCAGACACCCACUACACCCACUGGAGCUCCCUCUUCCAUGCCUGUAAUGGAAGAUCAGUCCUCCAGUUAUUCCUCCCAACCUAAGCCCCCUACUCCAUCAACUCCUCAGCCUCCCUCCCAAAGCCCGACAUCCUCUGACCCUCCCCCUCCUCCACCAUCCAUACCUCCCCCACCCAAUGGUCAGUACACUCCAACUCCUUCCCAGACCCCCUACAGUCCUAAUGGAGCAAUGCCAUACAGUCCAACUGAUUCGAACACGAUGCGAAGCUACAGUCAAGCGCAGGUUCGGCCCUCUUACCAGGGUUACCAAUCUUCAGGAUUUCAGCCUUCUCAGCAGCAGGGUCAAGGUCAAGGGGCAUACGGAGGUGCAGGCAGGAUGGAUGCCAACAAAAAACAAAACCUUCCCAAUAUGAACAUGGGUGGCCAGCAGUUGUGGCAGCGCAUGAAACAGGCUCCUGGAACAGGUGCUGUCAAAUUUAAUAUAUCCAAACGUCCAUAUGUUAUGGCCAAUCAAACCUUUGCUUCAGGUGAGCAGUCCCCUGUACAGGCUUUGCCCAACGUGUCCACCACUGCAACAGCUGGAUCUGCGGUUGCAACAUCUACCGUUACGACAGCAACGGCCCAGGCUCGACCUCAGGACUGGCCACAGGCCAUGAAAGAGUAUGUGCAGCGCUGCUUUACAGCCUGUGAAUCUGAAGAAGAUAAGGAUCGUACAGAAAAAGUGCUGAAAGACCUUUUGCAGUCCAGGCUACAGGAUGGCUCUGCUUACACUAUUGACUGGACUAAAGAACCUCUCCCAGAUCUAAAGCCGAAGCUGUCUCGCUGGGAAGCAGUUCCCCAACGCUCUCAGGAGAAUGCUGUCGGGAGAGGUGGAGCCACUCGAGGCAGGGGCGGGCCCAGGCUGGGUAAUUAUAGAAAUGUAUUCUCUCAAAGAAGCCCCUCUUCCAGCUCAUCCCGAUCCUCAUCACGAUCACCCUCCCCUCACAGCCGAAACAGAGACAGGAGUCGUCAUCACAGUGACUCUGGCUCUCAGUCAGAUAACAGCAUGUCAAAUGAUGCUCGAUUCCUACUGACCCGACGGCAACAAAAGGGUGGCCGAGGCCGUGGGGCAGAAAGAGGUCGAGGGGGAGAGAGAGGCAGAGGAAGAGGCAAAGCAAAUAGAGGGCGGAGGAAUAUGGAAGAGGCAGGCAGUGGUAUUGGUAAGAAGCGCAAAGGUGGUAACGCUGGUCUUGACUUUCACGACCCAAAUCGAGAAGCCAAGAAGCAAAGCCGGGCUGCACGCUUCCACACUAAACUGCGCACUGAGCCUCUGGUAUUAAACAUUAAUGUAUUCGACGGGACCCAGGAAGGGCUCAGUUGGGAUGAUUGCCCCAUUGUUGGCACCUGCCAGGACAUCACCAAAAAUUACCUGCGUCUUACCUGCGCCCCUGACCCUUCAACUGUUAGGCCUGUUCCUGUAUUGCGAAAGUCUCUUGUUGCGGUUAAAGCUCAUUGGAAAACCAGUCAAGAUUAUUUGUAUGCAUGUGAACAAAUGAAAUCAAUACGCCAGGACCUUACUGUUCAAGGUGUGCGUACCGAGUUCACAGUGGAGGUGUAUGAGACGCAUGCUCGUAUCGCUCUUGAAAAGGGCGAUCACGAAGAAUUCAACCAGUGCCAAACCCAGCUGAAGGCUCUGUAUAAAGACUGUCCUUCGGACAACGUAGGAGAAUUCACAGCUUACAGAAUUAUCUACUACAUCUUCACUAAGAACUCUGGAGACCUGACAACAGAACUUGUGUACCUGACCCCUGAGCUUCGCGCUGACCCGUGUGUAGCCCACGCUCUCGAGCUCCGUACGGCUUGGGCACUUGGAAACUUCCACCGGUUCUUUAAAUUAUAUCGGCAAGCUCCACGUAUGGCCGCUUACCUUAUAGACAAGUUUGUGGAGCGUGAAAGGAUGCAGGCUUUGAGGGCCAUUAUUAAAACGUUCAGGCCCUCUGUGCCGGUGGAGCAUGUGCAGUCCAGCUUGGGCUUUCCAGAUUUAGACUCAUGUUUAGCAUUUCUAACAGGGCUUGGGGUUACAUUCACCCCCUCUGACCCUAGCAAAAUAGAUUGUAAAGUCAGCUCAACAUGUUUGUCCACCUCCUAGUAUGGGGAAAAUGGGGAGGGCCAUUAUCACCUAAAGAAUUACAGUACAAAGCUUAUAAAGACAGACUUUAGGGACCAUACAUUCACAAUCAGAUACACCCACAGUUUACAGCUGACUAGUUUAGUAAGGGGAAUUCUGAUUUUGUUUUUUAACUCUUGUAGAGUCAUGGACUUUCUGACAGAUGGACAGUUAAUAGAUCUGUGAUCCACUUAAGAUACACUCACUUAGGUGCCAUUUUAAAACCCACUAUAUCCUUCUCACCCAGCCCAUUAGUAUUUACUAGUCACCAGUGAUUUCAUUGGCUAGUUUAUUCCUUUAAACAACUUAACACGGCAAACACAGCAAAGAUCUGUUGGGGUCACCUGAGCAGUUAGAAUAAGACCGGUUCAGGCAGCUGGAGGUUCUCCCACAUCAUAGACCUCAAAACAUUUUUAACCUAACAGUGUUGUGUGUUCAUGUUUCUCUCCUCUCAAGCAAACAGCCAGAAAGCUCAAGACAAGAAAACAAGGUUACGGAAGAAGAUUUAAGUGUAAAGUGAGGCGUUUACACUUGCCAUCUCAUCCAGUCUGUAAAGUCGAAAUCGCUGUGUAAGAUGCAAGAUGUCUGAACCAAAACAACCAAAAGGUUCACCCUGUCAUGUUUGAUGAACUUUUCAAGUGAGCUUUGCGGCAUACCUGUGAUUUAGGAAGAAGAGGAUGGUUUGUAUCUUUCCCCUUGCCUAAGAUGUCUUCAGUAAGUCAAUGGAGGUGAUCUGUUAGUCUUACAUCUUAAGAUUUGGACUGAGAUAUCACAAGAACCCACUGAGAAAUUCAAAUUGGCAUUGUAUUCCAUCAGCAUUCAAGUCAACCUGAAAUCUAAUCGACCAAAGAUCCUUUCUCGAUCUUUCCUCAACACCCAAGGAGUGCAGCUCGAUGCAAUGGCUGCAGCGUUUCAGUGACUCACAAAUUUUAACCCCACCCGUGCUGUAAUCUGAAUAAGGCCAGAUGUUUUAAAGUCCAGGUCUAACAGCGAUAAGUUUGACCACCAGCAGCGAUCCACCAGAAGGCCGAGUCCCCUCACGCAUCACUCAACAUAGAUGGUCCUGUGUUCAUCAUGCAUUAAGCCUGACCGGGUCCUGAAGGAAAAUCAAGAGCAGUUUCGUAGCAAAAUGGCUGAUGUGUCUUCUCCAGAUGGUGAUGUCAACUAGUUACCUAAAUCUUGUGUGGCAAGUCUAUCCCGCAGGUGUUUGGAAAUGCAUGGGUUUGUAUGGCUGUGUCUCCUUGUGCGAUGUCCACAUGAAAGAUUAAUGCGUGUGUGUGGCCGGUAAGAAGGACUUUCUUUGCAAAAUCAUCAUCUUUUCUGCUGAGGUGUGAAAGUAAAUCAAAUUUUUCAGUAGGCGACAGGUUGGGAUCUAUCAAAUGUCAUUUUGUAAUAAGCAUCAUCAGCAAAAUUGAAGUAUUAGUGACACCAAUCACCUGUACUAGGACUCCUUUUACAUGCAUUACUGUGCAGCAGUAAGUCAGAGAUUUACUCUUAUAGCAAUUUCACAAAGUGAAAGCUGGAUAAUCUAUUGCUCUAAGAUCUGUAAUGGACUUGAUAUUUGUGGCUUUGCAGUCGUCAUGCAGAUAUAAACUCGUCUAAGAGCUUUUUAGCAUUUUCGAUGGGAAAUUCAACAUUUAUUUAAUGACCAACCAGCAUAGAUCGGGCUUAAGUGGUUUCAGAAGGUGGUUUGCUUGGAGCCAUUAAAAUCAGAAUACAUCCCUGACCCUCAUUGGUGAAUGGUGUACAUAUGUUGAAUGUAAAUAAUGUACAUACUGAAGAUUUAUUUUCCUUUAUAGUACUUUGGUUUCAUUUUUGUUUGUACCAUGGUAAGUUUGUAUUUGAUCCAUAUAGAAAUUUUGAUGGCAGUUUUAAAGUUAAUAAUUUCUAGUCUUGCGGAGCGUACUCAUUGGUUUGCAGUUUGGUGUGAAUAAGUGAUUAUUAUAAAAUGCUAUUUCAUGUCCAGGGAAGCCCGACAUUUCACAAUUAAUUUUCCAUGUUAUAUGAAGAAGCUAAGCAUUUUGUGAAUUUGGAAUAUGCCAAAUCUUUCUCUUGUUGAUCAUUACUAAAUAGCCCUUGGGAGCGAUUCUUCUUUCUGUUUGACUUAUUUUAAGUCUUUUUUUUUUUUGUUCACUUCCUCUGUCUACCUGUAACUUAUCCAUUCUUUGUUCAUCAGUGUUUCUUUUAUGAAUAAUCCCCCAGAUUUCUUGCUGUCAUGAUGUCUUUAACCCUAAUUAGUUUGUGAAAAGAGACCCAACAAGAAAAAGAUUUGGUUUAGGCACAAGUGAGGGCACUGAUAUUUGUUUUGCUGCUGCAGGCCUGAUGACAUUGAUGCUUGGGAAACAAUUCAGCUUUUAUUGAGUAUUCCUGGUUCUCUUUGUUUUGAGUAUGUUAUAGCUUCAUUUCAUUUGGACACUUGUAAUUGCAAAUUAACUAAUUGUAAUGAUAUUUCUUGUUGACUUGAAAUGACAUUGCACUCUGUUUUCUCCUCCUUACCUUAUAUUUCAACCCCUCCCACCCCCAGUCCUCCCUCUCUCUCUCUCUUCCUGCACUCCCUCAGUACCAGAUUCUCUUUCUCUUCUUGCAGUCCUGCAAAAUUGGAGCAAAGCGAGAGAUGAACAGAUGAGAGCAAAACCUUUCCAGAGACAUACUGGAAAAUGGGCAUUGAGACAUCCAGACAUCAGCUUUAUUGAGAUUCUUUAUUAUGCUUGUCUGAUGCUUCUGUCACAUUGAGGAGAGCUUGGUGAUUUCAAUUUGCAAUAUUUCCCUUUUGAUUUGUUUUUUUUUUACACUAAACUAAGCCCUAUUUGAAUGAAAGAACAAACAAACACUUGCAUAAUGUCAGUUUCUGUUUAAGUUAACAUUUAGUAUAAGGUUUUGUAGCUAUAUGUUUGGGUAUGUCUUGUGUCCAUUCUUAUUAACAUUGCUGGUUUUAUUAGAUUUUUUUUUACUGCUUAAUCAUUUAUUUUGUUUUAUUUUUUGCUUUUGUUUAUUUUGUGUUGGCUUUCAGUUUUUUUCUUGUGUACACUGAAUGGGUUUCUGAAUUUGUAUGAUGCUGUAGAAUGGCAUGCUAGACAUACCCGGACAUACAUUUUUAAGUUUUGUGAACUCAAAAUGAAGUCAUACCAAAAGUUGAUUUAGCAUUCAUGGUAUAAAAGCAGUUUAGUGAAAUCCUCAAAGCUCUCAAAGUUAUCAGUUUUUAUUGAGAAUUAAAUGUUGACAUUUUGCCCAUAUUGCAUGUUAGUUGAAUUUUGGUUUUUAAAGCUGUAUUGCUCUCUCAAACAAUGUUAAUCUGAAAUCCUCUUUUUUUUUUUUUCAUGAAGUGUGUAUUUAACUAUUCUGAUAUUGCAGUUGUGUAAUUUUUUUUACAGCAGUUAUUACCCACAGUACCAUCAGUCUCCUCAAAUAUUGCUUGUUCUCUCCUUACACCCGUAAUUUAUUUAACCUUUUCCUGCAUCAACUCUUUGCUUCUCCGCUUAUAUUUUUGCUUCUUGUAUUUAGAUUUGCCUCGGUGUGUAUAUCGUGUUCUCUCUCACGAGUAAUUUUGUUAAUUGACUCUGCUUCGUUUCAUAAAUCUUUUUCCUGUCAUCUUUCUUUUCCCUUUCUAAAUGUGUCUCCUCUAUCUCCCCGUUUCUUUCUCUUCGUGUCAUGUUGUAUAUUGCGAUGUUGUGGUUGUAGAUUGGUUAUAUGUGCUCAGUGCUUGGCAGUAAGUAUUUCCACAGGAAUGUGCUUGUUAUCAUUUCUUUUACAGCUCACCACUGAAAGCCCUAAAAUCAUAUACAUUGGAGUUUAUGAAUUUACUGCCUUUUGUAAAUAUUAAUUUGUACAUAAUGUACCUACUGAUCUUGAGGAAAAAUAAAGUUAAAAUCUAAA